UUGUUUCUAUCAACAGAGAAUUGUACAUUUAUUAGUUAUUUUGUUUUAACUUUAGGGAUCAAAUUGAAUCGAGCAUUGUGAUACGCUCUCGAUCCAAAGAUAACUCGGAACGUUCCAAAAAUGGUCGUUCCGAGCUCAAUAGCUCAAUAUAGGUUAUGUACGGUUAAGAUGCAAUCACGCGUCUUUUAAUAGACAAUGCAACAUUGUUCGUUGACAGUGUUUUGAUUCGAAGAACCAAAGUGGAGAUCCGUACAACUGAAAAAACCGCCUUAAGUCGGUUCGUCGAGUUGCGUGGAAACAGUAGCGCCACAGGUUAUCGUUUCGCGACAUUGUAGUCCGUCUACCUCGCUUAGUCGAACGUGAGACGCGACCAUGCCGAUGUAGAUAGGCGUGCGCAACUGUGUGCGUGUUACGUGUUCGUGUCCGUUUUAAACCUAACAAAAAAAAAAAAAGAAAAGAAAAAAAAAUUGGUCGAUUUUGCCGGAAAGAUUCGUUAGCUGGCCACCGCAAGUGGAUGAUAACAUUUUCACGCGUUGAAGGGGAAAUCGCAAGGAAUAACGAUGAAUAACCUGACGCUUUUUCUGCUGUCGGCUAAUCUGUUGAUUCUAUUGGGCCACGUAGCCGGUUCCAAGGUGUUGCAAAUUCGUGGUAUACCUAUCGCGAAAAGUUCGCUUUAUCCGUCGAAUCGUGACUUCCAAUGCCUUGACGGGAGCCUGAUAAUACCGUUCUCGCAUGUGAACGAUAAUUACUGUGACUGCGCCGAUGGCAGUGACGAGCCCGGCACACCUGCCUGUACGAACGGCUCGUUCUACUGCGAGAAUUCUGGCCACAAGCCUCGCUACAUACCAUCCACCUGGGUGAACGACGGCGUUUGUGAUUGCUGCGAUACCACCGACGAGUAUAAUUCCGGUAAAGAAUGCCCGAACAAUUGCAACGAACUUGGGAAAGAAGCCAGGUUGGAGCAGCAGAAGGCGGAGGAGCUGAUAAGGGAGGGUAACAAGAUAAGGAUGGAAAUGAUUGCCAAAGGUAAACAGUUGAAGACAGAUUAUCAGGCACGUUUAGUUAAAUUGCGCGCAGAGUACGAGGAAGCGGAGCUUGUGAAGAAGGAGAAAGAAUUGUUGAAGACACAGGCAGAGGAACGGGAGAACGCCGCUUUGGAAAAGUACAAGCAGGCUGAACCGGAGCAAUCUACAGCGGAGGAUGGUGAGGAGGAGGAGGAGCUGCAUGAAUCAGAUGCCGAGGAUUAUUUCAAGUUGCUGGAUUCCGACAACAGUGGUACUGUAACGAUUGCAGAACUACAGACUAGGGUGACGUUCGACAAAGACAGGGACGGAGCUGUCUCUAAAGAGGAAGCAUUGUUCUUCUUGAAUAAUCAGGAGGAAGUUAAUCUCCAAGAUUUCAUGGAUUCAGCAUGGACAAAUGUGAAGCCCUUUUUAAUGCUGGAACAAGGAAUGUUUAAACCAGCUGAUCAGAGGGAAGAAGGAGAAGAUGAGGAAGAAGAAGAGGCUCAGGAGCCGAGAGAAGAAAAAUCCGAGCAAGAAAAGGAAGAGGACGAUGGUGCAGAGGUAGAGGACCAGGCUGGCGACGAACAGAAGAAACCCGAAGAGUCCCAAGUGCAAUACGACGAAGAGACGCAGGCUCUUAUCGACGAGGCAACAGUCGCUCGCGAGAACUUCCAAACGGCAGAGAAAUCUGUAAACGAACUGUUAACUGAAAUUCGCAAAUUCGAAGAGAAAUUGGACCGUGACUUUGGCAUCGACAACGAGUUCGCGCCUCUGGACAGCGAAUGUUUCGAGUACACGAAUUUGGAGUACAUCUACACCUUGUGCAUGUUUUCGAAAACGACGCAAAGAUCGAAAUCCGGUGGCAGCGACAUUAACUUGGGUCACUGGAACGACUGGAACGGGCCAGAGGGUCAAAAAUAUUCGAGGAUGAAGUACGACAACGGCCUCAGCUGUUGGAACGGACCCGCGCGUUCCACCGUUGUUAAUCUAAGUUGUGGCAGAGAGAACAAACUAGUUUCAGUGACGGAGCCUAGCCGAUGCGAAUACGCCAUGGAAUUUUCCACGCCAGCUGUAUGCAAUCUCAGUCAGGACUCGGCCAACACUCACGACGAGUUAUAAACUUCAUAUCGCAUGAACGUGCAGGAUUUAAUACGCGAUUGUAUGACCUUGAAGUACAAGGUACAUACAAGAUAAAAAUGGCAAGGACGGACGGACGACCGCUCGAUUCCUAUAUUAUCAAAGUCUGUUUUUCGAACAUUCAGCGCUAUUAACGUAAGAAGUUCGUAAAUUUGCACAAUAUUUUUUACUAUAUCGCGGGUAAAUAACGCCGAUGAGCUAUAGUAAGACAUCCUAGUCAAUCCUCGCACGUUACGCAUAAUUACGAAUCCGUGAUCGGUUGUUCGUCCUUGCGUUAGAAACUUCUUGUCAUUGUACUUGUAUGCAUAAACAAACGGAACUCGUGGCCGAUAACGCGUUGCGAACCGACGCGUUAUCGACGAGCUCGGUUUGCUUAAAACCGGUAGAGGGACAUUUUAAUAUUCGCUAGAUGAGCGAAUGAGAAAUCGUUGUUAAACACGGUCAUUGCCAAUAUUGUGUCACUGUUAUACAUUCCUCCUUUUGUACGAGACGAAUUUUUAUGAACCGGUCCGAAUAAAACGACCUAAACUGUUUCACUCGUCGUUGAGUUGUCGCACGGCUGAGCGAUUUACGAUAAAUGAAUUGAAGUCACUCUUUACACGCAUGCAAGAAUUUUCGAAAAGAAAGAAAAAGAAAAAGAAUUUCCUAAAUUGCCACGUGUAACGUAGAAAAACUGUUUAAUGUGUCCAGAUAUUUUGUAAUUUUUUAAAGAUGCGUCUGUGCGCGACGCAUCGGAAUGCGGGUUUAAUAAAGAGGAAAAGAAUUUUGUUGUCGAACUGUAA